AGCCGAGCUCUCCCCUCCCUCGGAACCGAAUUGAAUUGGAGACAAACAAAAAAAGGGUAAAAAAAAGGCGAGCGAGGGGGAACGCGGCACGAGAACCCGCCCCUGUCCCUCUCCGACGGACCCCGGAAUUCCGCCGCCGCGCCGGAUCGAGGCUUGCUCGAGCAGAGGUUUGGCGCGGUUCGAGAUGAGCGCCAGCAUCACGGUGACCUACAAGAGGAAGCGUGGCGCGUCGCGCGCCCAGGCGGCUGAUGCCGCCACUCCGGAGCCUCGUCCUGUUUCUAGCGGUGGGGUUGCCGACACCGAAGCCCUGGAAGACGGGGCGGACGCUGAUAAAGACCUGUUGAACCGAUAUGAUCAUCCUGCCUCUACACAGCAGCAGCAUCUCUGCAAGUCAAUGCAAGAAAGCGCCAGAGAAGAAGCACCUAAGCCAUGUGCACAUGCAACGGAGAAAGAACAAAAGGAAAUCCCAUUGUGCGAACCAUUGCCACGGAUGGAGCGACCUGAGAUUUGUUCUGUCACCACUCUCCCAAUAGCAGAGGCGUGUAAUGAUAAAUUACAAUGCACCAAUGAUGCAGUUAAUCCCAUCCCUGCUCCCAGUUCUGUAUGCUAUCUCAGACAUGCUGAUGGGACAACUAAUCAAGCAGAGGAUUCUAAUAACUCUGCUCAUGUGGUAAUAAAUUCUCAUCAAGGCCCAGAAGAUAGUAUCAGACCUAGUCAAUGUAAGAACAGAUUUAGUCCUCAGCUCACCUUCCGGAGGCGUGUUAAAAGGAAAAUUGAUUUGGAUGAGGCAGCAGAGGGAAAUUAUAUGAAUAACGGCAAAGGGUACUCAACACUGGCAUGUAGCCCAGCAAGUUUGUCAGUUAAUGCUACAGCCUUGCUUGAAGUAACUAAUGCUGAUUCUUUGGAUAUUGCAGAUAAGGUAGCUACAGAAGGAACAAGUAUUGGAUUAACUGUACCAGCUCAACGCUUGCUUGAACAAAAAAGUUCAUGCAUGCUAAAAUCUAAAAUGCAGCAUACGGUUUCCACACAGCAUAUUGAAGAUGUAAACCAAGCCUUAACUUCAGAACGGGAUGGUACACCAGUUUCAGAAUUUACUAGCGUGCAAGUGAUCAGUGAGCCAGAUGUAAGAGCGGAGGACUUGAGCAAAACUCUAGGUCGUGUUAAUGAAGCACCAAAAGUUGUUGAAAUGAAGGAGUUACAUGAUGAUCCUCCAGAAUCCCAAGGUUCAACAAAACAUAUUCCAGUAAUUAUCUUGGACGGUGAUAAUGAUGAGAGGGCCAGGGGUAAACUGCUGGAAAAUUCAAAGGUUCCUGAUCAAGUAGUCCAGGAGGAAAACAAAACCAGAUUUAAUUUUGGGAAGUUCAACCUGAAUUCGGUUGAAUUAUCUCAAGAGAGGCUUCUCAAUCUGGAUGACUCGUCUGUUCAAAGGCUGCCAGAUCAGGAUCAUUUUGGUACUGAACGAAAACAAGUUUCUCAACCAAUUGAAAGGUUAUUUUUUACAAAGGAGAAAGAAACCGUCCAUGAUAAAGAACAACAUCAAGAGGGAACCUCAACAUUACAUACCUUGUACCCAAAUUUUUAUGAUCCGGCUCUGUCAUGGAAAGCUGGGAGUUCCAAGGAACCAAAGAGCAUGCCUUCAGAACUGAAAUUCAGAAUAAUGGAUAAGGCUCCUGAGUCCAGUUUGGAACUCCGCUUGGAUAGUUUCCAAGACAGUGGCAUGUCUGCCCUUAGUCACGAUAAGUUAUUUCAUGGAGGCAAGUCCAGUGGAUCUCAUGUACUGACAGAAAGGGUUGGCACAUAUUCCUACAGAAGACGUCAGGUUACCUGGUCGGAAGAAGAGUUAGAUUUUCUGUGGAUUGGAGUGAGGAGGUAUGGAACGAAUAACUGGAACGCAAUGCUUAGGGAUACACGGCUACGGUUCUCAAGCUCAAGAAUGGCUGAGGACCUUGCUAAACAAUGGAACAAGGAGCAAAAGAAACUUCUAGGUGUAGAUCUUCAAUCAAUAAGAACAUCUGCUUUAGGUUCUGCACCGCCUCCCCAUAUAGCAGAAGAUUAUGCUGGAAGCAGUUCGUGCACUGGAUGCUCAAAGCCUCCAUUUCUUGCAGCCCAAUCGGACCUUUCCUUGCGCGACGUGCACCUUCAGAAUGCUCACUCUUCAGAUAGAGGCCAACAUUAUUUGUCAAACCUUGGCAGGUUUAACCUUCAUGGAAUCGACAAUGUGCCGAGAAAUUUGUCUCUGGGAGGCUUCCCUGGAGCUUCUCCCUCACAGGGGAGAACUGGGAGCAGGCGUAGGAAGACAACCAAGCUUCAAAAGCCAUACUAUGACAACAGGUCACACUGGUGCCAAGAACUACCACAGAGGAUGCCGGCUCAGCUCCUUCCCAUCAACCAACAACCAAUCAACAGCCUUCCUCAGUGGCUUACCAAGGGCGCCGAGACCGGUAAAAGCUGGCUUAACCCGGAGACGUGGUCGAGCGCGUCGCAGGCGCCAGGCCAUUCUGUCGCAGAUCCACUGAAUGACAGCCUGAGGGCUGCCGCCUUUCUGUUCCCCGACGACAAGAAACCACAUGCCAUGCCCGACGCCUCUUUGAAGCUGGCGCUGAAGAGGAAAGCGGAGUGGCGCAGUCUAGGCAAGAAGCUUUUCCGGACCAGCGGUGACACCUUGGAUCUAAACCAGAGGGCUGCUGCUAUGGCAGCAGGGCCGAGCGGCGCCACCCCGAGCGACACCGGCGCGUCGUCUGAAGAGACGGUGUCAGAUAGCUGAGCUUCGUGUGGUCGUGUGCCAAGUGUCAUGAUCUUGCGCAUGUUAGUCCCUUCCGUUGUGUAAGUUGACAAACUUGUUGUCUUUGAUGCUGAAGUUGGUGGAACACUAGCUGAAUAGCAGGGAAUGUUUUGCUGCAUUUGCAUUUAACUGGAAAUGAUUUAUUGAUGGAUUGAUGGUCAA